CAAGUCCUUUCGUUUUAGCAUUUACAAUCCCAGAUUUAGAAUUUUGAUUUUUGAUCGACGUUAAUUUUUUUAAUGGUGGGUUCUCUCCUCUUUCGAAUCUCUACCACUGGACCCAAAAUUACCUCUCAUUUCAAGACUUUUUUUUUUUUUGAUAAAUAAGAGACACAUCUCUGAGAUGAAAAAGAAAGGAAACAGAGAUCGAGUUUUGUUUUUGUAUCCUCGUCGUCGUGUUUGGUCGUCGUGUCUGGAGACUCAAACCGACCCCAACGAAGAAACAGCAUUAAUAUAAGAAGAAGAGAAAAAAUGUCGUUUACAGGAACAUUGGAUAAAUGCAAGGCCUGUGACAAAACCGUCUAUGUUAUGGAUCUCUUGACAUUAGAGGGUAAUACUUAUCACAAAUCAUGUUUCAAAUGCAGCCAUUGCAAAGGCACUCUCGUGAUAAGCAAUUACUCAUCAAUGGAUGGAGUUCUUUACUGUAAGCCACACUUCGAACAGCUUUUCAAAGAGUCUGGCAAUUACAGCAAGAAUUUUCAGACUGGAAAGACCGACAAGCCCAAUGAUCUGACUCGAACUCCGAGCAAGCUAUCAUCAUUCUUCAGUGGAACACAAGACAAAUGUGCCACUUGUAAGAAAACGGUUUACCCACUUGAGAAAGUAACAAUGGAAGGAGAGUGUUACCACAAGAAUUGCUUCAGGUGCGCCCACAGUGGUUGUCCUUUGACUCACUCUUCUUACGCUUCUCUUAACGGCGUCCUCUACUGUAAAGUCCAUUUCAAUCAGCUCUUCCUCGAGAAAGGGAGUUACAACCACGUCCAUCAAGCUGCUGCUAACCACCGUCGAUCCGCCUCUUCCGGUGGCGCUUCUCCCCCUUCCGAUGAUCUCAAACCUAUCGACGACACCGACUCAGUUCCCGAGGCAAAAGAAGAGGAAGAAGCAGUCCCUGAAGCUGCUGGAGAAGAAGAAGAGGCUGAGCCCGUCGUUGAGUCUUGAAUGUGGUGUUGAGGAACGAAUCUUAUCAGUUCCUUAAGUUUCAUGCUUUUAUAUGCUUUUACGUUUGAAUUGAGUAAUUAUGUAUACAAAAUUUGUUGUUGUUUGUUUCUGUAUAUUCUUGUAAAGUUUUAAGCCUUUUUUUUGGAGAGAAUCUGUUUUGUAAACGAAAGCUUUAACAUCAGAUUUCUUUUUGAAGAGGUUAUAUCUUUGACCUUAUUUUAUUUGAUGAAUCAAAAUUCAAAAACAUA